GCUUUAAGGCCGCGUUCCCUCCCCCAUCGUCAGCGGGCGGGUGGAGCCGGGACGGGACCCCCCGAAACACCCCAAAAUCCUCCCUCCCCUGGAGCCUUCCCGGGAACGGGGAGCAGGGAGCGGAGACCGCGGUGUCCCCCCCUCCCGAAGGUGAAGGAGCAGCUGGUGGGGGUCGCGGAGACCCCCCCGAGACCCCCCACCCCGAGCCACGGGGACGCCAAGGAAAAGGGCGAGAAUUGGGGGGGAACGGGAUGAAAACGAGGAGGAGGAGGAGGAGGAGGAGGAGCUGGAGGAGAGCAGGGAUGCAGGGGACGGAGGGGAUGGUGGAGCUGAGACCCCCAGGAACCCCUCGCUGGAUGCCCAGAGCAGCACGGAGCUGCCGGCCCUGGACGGUUUCCCCCUGAAACACUCGAACACUCUGACCAACAGGCAACGAGGCAACGAGGUCUCAGCCCUGCCAGCCACGCUGGACACACUGUCCAUCCACCAACUUGCUGCCCAAGGGGAGCUCAUCCAGCUGAAGGAGCACCUUCGGAAAGGUGAGAACCUGGUGAACAAACCCGACGAGAGAGGCUUCACCCCCCUCAUCUGGGCCGCCGCCUUCGGGGAGAUCGAGACGGUCCGGCACCUGCUGGAGUGGGGGGCUGAUCCCCACGCCCUGGCCAAGGAGAGGGAGAGUGCCCUGUCCCUGGCCAGCAUGGGGGGAUACACGGACAUUGUCACCCUGCUGCUGGAGAGGAACGUGGACAUCAACAUCUACGACUGGAACGGUGGCACCCCCCUGCUCUACGCCGUGCGCGGGAACCACGUCAAGUGUGUGGAGGCCCUGCUGGCUCACGGCGCUGACCUGACGGAGGAGGCGGAUUCCGGCUACACCCCCAUGGAUCUGGCCAUGGCCCUGGGCCACAAGAAAGUCCAACAGGUCAUCGAGAACCACAUCCUGAAGCUGUUCCAGAACAAGGGGCUGGAGUGACACAGUGCUGGAGUGACACGGGGCUGCAGCCCCAGCUCUGCUCUGGGACCAGGAAACGGGCCAUGGCACGAUGCUGCAGGCAAGGGGCACGUGGAGGAAUCCAGGAAUCCCUGCCCUCCAUGGAUCCACAGCUCUCCCAGGGGUGGCACAGCCCCGGUGCUCACACCCAGGGACAUUCGUUCCUCAGGGCAGGGAAUGCCCUGUCCAGGCUCAGCUGCUCUGUGUAUCCCAGGAUCCCAUUUUUGGAAUUAAACCCUAAAGCAGCCCUGUGGA